UCCCCUCACUAUCACCAGCUAGCCAUGCCCAAUCCACACUCAUCGUCCGCUACUAAAACAAAAGGGCAUUAUCAUACCAAGAAGAACGUGCACGUGACGGCACUGGACAGUGUGGUGGAUGUGAACUCACUGUUCACCAUCGCCAUGUUUUUGGGGCUGGACAAUGAGCUGGUCUCGCCGGGGGAGUUGCAGAGCCUUAACGUCCGGGAGGAGUGCCAGCCGGGAGCCAACACCGCCAAGAUGCUCAUCGUCUUCGAGAUAAUCUCCUUCAGCUUCUACCUCUUCUCCUCCCUCGUCGCCCAGUCGAUCAAGCUGUCGCUCGAUCUACAGCCGCCAGACCAGGUGGCCGGAAAGGAUGGCUCCGAAGAGUCGUUAUGGUUGACGACGGGAGUCCUCUUCUCAGCGAUGUCGUCGAUGCUGGGGUGCUUGUUCAUGCUGGUGUCUGUGGUGUAUGUGGUCGAGUUGAGGCUGGGAGUGCUUUCUUGCAUGGCUGCGUCGACGCUUGUGAGUGUUGCGUUCUUGAUCCCGUUGUCGUUGACCGGAAUAAUCAUCUACGUUUUUGUGGCCAUCAGCGUAUAUGUUAGCCGUGCUAGUGGCCCCGACGCCGGCGGCGGCCAACAGGAAGCCUAGAAUUAAGCUUUCCCUUAAGCGGCUUAGCCC